CUGCCGUCCUCUCGUCGGCUCCCCAGUCCCCUCCCUCCACAAACAUUUUCUUUUUUUCAGCUUGACAUUUCCGCAAACAUUUCGUCUGCACGGUACAAAAACUCCAGCUCUACUAAGUUCACACUCUCGUACCACUUCCCUUUCCCUUUCCCCACCUUCUACCGUCUACCCUCUCCUUUUUCUCUCCGCCAUGGAUUCCUUCUCGUCAUCUCUCGCCGCCUGAUGCCUGAUUGCGGGGGAGAGGGUGGGUGUUUGCGUUUGGUCGAGAGCAGUUGUUCGACUUGAUGGGCUGCUACCAUUAAAUGCCGGCUGCAAGUGAAUUGGACUUGUGGCGGCCAAACGCAGCCUCCACUACUACUACCGCUACAAAUCCCACUACCCAUUUUCUAUUUAUGGCGUCCACGAGUUCAACGCCCACUGACCCUUCCUCGUCGCUACCCGAGGACGCGGCGGCGAAAGCUGCGAGCAGAAGGUACGAAGGCUUGGUUGGGAUUCGGAGCAAGGCGGUAAAGGGGAAAGGGGCGUGGUAUUGGGCUCAUUUGGAGCCGGUUUUGAUAAGAAACCCAGACACCAAUCUCCCUAGAGCAGUCAAGCUCAAGUGCUCACUCUGCGACUCCUUUUUCUCGGCUUCCAACCCUUCGAGGACCGCCUCCGAGCAUCUCAAGCGAGGUACUUGCCCGAAUUUCGCCUCGUUCCUGAGACCUAAUCCGGCCGCGGUUCCGGUUUCGCCUCAGCCCAUUUCGUCGUUGCCUUCUCCUUCAUCAACGCAUAAUCAUCGGAAGCGCCCCUCUAUUUUGGCAACUCCGCUGAAUUCCGUUGCUUUGGUAGACUCCACUCGGUACUGCGACGAUGGUGGUGGUUAUUCGAAUGUGGGGUUGAGCCAGCCGAAGCAGCAAUUGGUUUUAUCCGGCGGGAAAGAUGAUUUGGGUCCGCUGGCAAUGUUGGAAGAUAGCGUUAAGAAGCUGAAAAGUCCCAAGUCGUCGUCUUUUUCUUCGUUGAGUAAAGAACAGAUUGAUUCUGCUCUUGAAUUGUUGACCAGCUGGUUCUACGAGGUUUGCGGGUCAGUUUCGGUUUCAAGCAUCGAGCAUCCGAAGUUUCGGGCAUUUCUCCAUCAAGUUGGCUUGCCCCUUUUGUCAGGGAAAGACCUGUGUGGGCCCAGGCUUGACGACAAGUUUCUGAAGGCCAAGGCUGAAACGGAAGCUAGAAUUAAAGAUGCUAUGUUCUUUCAGGUUGCGUGCAAUGGGUGGAAGACCAAAAGUUGCUGUAACGGGGAAGAAAACUAUGUUAAGUUUAGCCUCAAUCUCCCAAACGGUACGACUUUGUAUCAGAAGACAUUUCUUAAUGGGGGAUCAGUUUCACCAAAGUAUGCUGAAGAGAUUAUGUGGGAAGCGGUGCAAGAAACCUGCGGCAGUGGGUUGCAGAGAUGCACAGGAAUAGUUGCAGAUAGGUAUAAAGCCAAGGGAUUGAGAAAUUUGGAGAUUCAAUAUCCAUGGAUGGUGAACCUCUCUUGCCAGGUUCAGGAGUUUGCCAGUCUGAUCAAGGAUUUUGCCAAGGACCUUCAACUUUUCAGGUCUGUCACUGAAAACUGCUUGAAGGUUGCCAUUUUUGUAAACAAUCAAUCUCAAGUUAGGAGUAGGUUCCAAAAGUACAGGAUGCAGGAACUUGAUUAUUCCGGGUUGCUACGAGUUCCUUCAAGCAAGUGUGAUUGUCAGAAGGAUUCCGUGGCUGUUUCUGUGAUGUUAGAGGACAUUCUAACCUGUGCCCGUGUUCUCCAGAUGGUUUUCUUAGAUGAAUCGUACAAGGCAUUGCUCGUAGAGGAUGCCGUUGCUAGGGAAAUUGCUGGGAUGAUUCAAAGUGAACGGUUUUGGAAUGAAUUAGAAGCGGUUUAUUCACUGGUGAAGCUUGUCAGAGGGAUGGUUCAAGAGGUCGAGGCUGAAAGACCACUCGUCGGACAAUGCCUCCCACUUUGGGAGGAAGUGAAAGUGAAACUGAGGGAUUGGUGUGCUAGAUUCGAUGUAACUUAUGGCCAAGUUGAAAAAAUAGUUGAAAAGAGGUUCAAGAAGAGCUACCACCCGGCAUGGUCUGCAGCAUUUAUUCUUGAUCCUGUUUAUUUGAGGAAGGAUGCAAGUGGAAAGUACCUCCCUCCAUUCAAGUGUUUGACUCAUGAGCAGGAGAAGGAUGUCGAUAUGGUCAUUACCCGUCUGGUUUCAAGGGAAGAAGCUCACGUUGCUUUAAUGGAGCUUAUGAAAUGGCGUUCAGAAGGGUUAGACCCGCUUUAUGCGCAGGCUGUUCAGGUUAAGCAGCGGGACCCAUUGACAGGGAAGAUGAGACUUGCAAAUCCUCAGAGCAGCAGAUUAGUGUGGGAGACCUGCUUGAGCGAGCACAAGACAUUACGCAAAGUUGCAGUUAGGCUAAUUUUCCUCCACGCUACAUCCUGUGGUUUAAAUUGGUCUUGCAUGAAACUGUUCUCUGUCAAUGGAAACUCAAAGAUUGGCAUUGAACAGGCUCAGAAGAUGAUGUUCAUUGCAGCUCAUGCGAAGCAUGAAAAAUGGGAUUUACCAGACGAGGAAGAAAAAGACAGGGAGCUCUUCCGCUGUGAGGAUGAUAUGCUGAACGGAGUCUUUGACGAUGCACCAUCAGUAAAUAUGAAGCAUCAAUGUCAAAGAAGCUAGCGCUGAUUUAUUUUCGUCUGACAUCAAGCUUUUCAUUAGUAAGUAUUUGCUGCAUGCAUGUAAUUUCUGCUUUGAUCUGAAAGUGUACAUGCAGUAAUUGUAUGUUUGUUCAGCUGUUGGGUGUAGGGGUAAAGUUAUAUGGUCACUGCUGGAAACCAUAAGGGUCACUGUUGGCUUAGUGGUUUUCUAAUUACUCUGAAACUAUGUGUAGUUGUUGUCAAGAUUUGAGGUCAUUAGCUCUUCUUUUCCACUCUGUGUAUAAUCAUCAGAAGAUAUACAAAGAUUUGUUCUCUUAAAGCAAAAAAAUUCUUGCCAAAAAGUGUGAAUAGAGCAACCACUUUUAUUAGGAGCAUUUCGUAUAAUAGUAGUCAAGCCCCACUGGAAAUGUUCUACUCAUAACUUCUCCACUGACUUAAAUGUUUUUACAACAUUUAGGUCCCUAAACUGAAGGCUUCUGAGAGUAGUCAGUUUUGAUGGAUGAAACAGCAUCUAUGGGGCGAAAAAAUUGCCGGUUUAGUCUUAAUACAAGUUGAUCCCAAUUGCUAAAUAUUUGUAUGUAAAAUGCCAUCUGAAGUGUUUCUCCAGAAAGUGAAUUUCAAGUACAGCUAUGAUGCCUAUUUAACAAGGCUGCUAACUACAUCUGGAAACCCUUUCGAAAUUUUGCGUAACAUAUGAAAUGUUUGCCACUAGCAACAAUCACUACUUCACUGUUAAUCCUGAAAUCUAAACAUACUAGUGUCUAGUAUCCAUACUGCUGGUCAGCAAAUGUGAUGAGAUCAGUAUAUUCUUCUGCUACGUGAACUUUUGAUAUAAGGCUGAGUAUUUUGCUAUGCCAUAAUCAUUUAGGGUUUUUGUGUAGGCUUUUCUAGUUCAGUAUUUAUUGUUUCCCCUCAACUUCGGGUGUUUUAUAAGAGAUGUCGACGUUAGUUUGGUCUGAUUUCUUUUUAUGAAAGGCCUUAUAUUGAAAGCUGGCAAAAAAUUCGAAACUGAUAAAGCUUACAUGGAUUCAUGUUGCAUAAGUGUGCUUGAAAAUAUUGUUUAAUUUUAUGUAUCUUUUGUUCUUAUGUUCUUUCUCUUGUUGUGUUAUGGCAUGGGACCUAGCUUAUAAGCCAUGGGUGAAGGAAUUCUGUUGAACUACACUUUUACUAAUCAUAUUAAGUUGCAUAGUUUUGUUGGAAUAUGAAAACAACUUCAGCGAAAGAGAUGAACCUUGAAUUCCCCAUACAGGAAACUGAAAAUGCAUUUGUAACCAUGUAUUCUAGGCAGUAUGUAGAUUUGUGGACAUAUUUGUUGAAAGAAUUUGCUGCUAAAUGAUGGAGAAAUUCUAUGCCUUAAAAUCUGAAGGUUUCUAUCUGCUGCAGGUUAAUGGUGGCUUAGGAUAGGUGGAUGAUGAAUCAGCCUUGAGUGGCCUGUCCAACUGGGUCAACCUUUAAGGCACUCAGGACUGAAUAUUUGUUUCUGAAGGAGAACACACCUCAUUGAUGUAAGUUUUGCUGAAUCACUUUGGUCGUCUGCUUCUGAACACAGUAGAGGCCCGCGAUGAAGAGUGGAUGUCAAUCUCAGUGCUUUUGUUGUGCAGGUCAAAGAAAAGUCGGGGAUAAGGGUCCUCCUUUCCAAUCACCGCCUUCCCUUUUCUCUUACUCUCUCUAACAUCCCUAUUCUUUUUUUUUUUUUUAUCUAUUUGGUUAAUAUAAUUAUUGCCAAAGACAUGUCCCACCAUCUUCGAUAACUUGUUUUCUAAACAUUACAAUUUGUGUGUGAUGUGCUUAUUCUCAUGAGAUCCUUUUCCCAUAAUAUUUUUUCAAGCUUGAUAGUUGAAGUUCUGUAGAAUAUCAGCUAGGCUGGCAUGGUGUGGCCAAAAGUUAGUCUUGAUCCCAGCAGAAGCAAGAUGGCUGUCUGAUAGAGGGGGGCACGUAAGAAUAGAGCGGUGAAAGUGAUAUAUCAACUUACUUGAACUGAUUUUUGUAGGUUCUACAUUUGAACCUGUUUUUUAUUGAAUAUUACUAACAGGUAGGUGACACCAUCAGCAUCACUGUUCCUUUCCUUGUUAACUGUAGAAAGAUGGUUUCUUUAUGCUUCAGCUUCAAUCUACUCUAUCCCAUCAUUAUGUACCAUGCUAAGUGUGUUUAUUAUCUUCACCAAUCUACCCUUUUCACCAUGACGCUAUUCAAUUUUUGGGUCUCUUUUGAAAGUCCAGUUUCAUUUCUGUGAAAGGGAUGCCAACCCAAGAGGUCGUGUGUUAUGUGCAUGUGUAUGUGUGUGCAUGUUGGAAUAAAUUUCUCUCUCUCUCUCUCUCUCUCUCUCAUAUUUGGAACCGGAAAGAAAGUCUAGAUCGAUUAACCUUACCCCAACUUCUGUUUGUAUUUGAUAGUCAAUUUGGUGGAGGCACGUUAUCUGUCGGCAAGGCUGACUGCUCACCAACUAGAAAGGAAAGCUUUUCACUCAUAUGUUAUGGUAUCAUUGUUUACUCCAUUCAUAUUCUUGUUAAAGAGAGUAAAGUAUAAUCAUUGGUAUAGGACAUAACUUUUUUUUUCUUGCCUUCUCUCUGAGAAUCUUCACACUUUCAAUGCCUACUACCAUGAUUAAACUUCCUUUUAUCAUAUCAUACACCUUUUUUUGUUUCCACUUUGUACAGGUCUUGAUUGUUUAUUGGAUCCAAAGACCGUCCAUGUUAGAUACGUGGAACAUGAUGAUAUUGAAAUUUGAAUUGGCAUUAUUCGUUCCUCAUGGCCCUUCUAUCGCAUUGUUUCAUCCCAUUUUUGCUGUGGCUGGCUUGCUAUUAUGAGGUAACAAGAAAAUUUGUGUUAUUGCUUUAUGAUAAGCCUCUGUGCAUCAGGUACCUACAGAUUACCGUAUCAAAUUCAAUAAUGACUGAUAAAGCAGCAAUAGGAAAAGAAAGCAAUUGAUUAGAACCAUUAUAUGAGAUGCAACAUUGUUUUUUCCCCUCCUGCUCUUUUGAAGUUAGCUUAAUCCUUUUACAGUGAUGCAUGAUUGGUUUGAAUAGUGCCUAAUCUUCCUGCACCGGCCAUGACUUGAAAAAUCUUCUGGUUGGUAGUUAAUCCAAUCUUCUGGUUGGUAGUUGAUUGAAUAGUUAGUUGGUUACAGGUUCUAUAUAUGGCCUGCUUUUAUUGCUAGUAUAGAUUAGGGUUGUUCUAAUAUAAACAGAAGAAACUUUUAUAGAGGUUAAUCUGAGUCCAUGUUUCUUUUGCCGAAGACUCUAGUGCUACCCUUCUUUAGUACUUUGUGUAGUUCAUGAUUCUUAUUAGGUUAAAACAUAGCUCUCGUUGGUAGGUCCAUACGGCAAGUAAUUAUCUCCAGUAAGAAUGAUGAUCUUAUUGAACCUCUCCUCUAAUUAUAAUUUGUUCUUUUUUUGUUUUUGGCAUUUUUCAACUUCCAUCAUUCUCCUUCCUUCAUCAUUGCCCUUUGCCUACGGCUCCAAAGAGGGGCAUACAUCUUUAUAUCAAUUCAAAAGGACAACUUUGCUGGUGUAUUUGAACUAUUUGGCUGGCCAGUAGUCCACAAUUUGGUUCAGCAUUUUGACUUGAAGGGUUUAAAGUGUUAAACAAAAAGCAAUUAUCAGGGUUGGUUGCUGCCAGGAUGAAGGUAAUUUUCAUGGCUAAGAAGUGAUGAUUACUUCUCUGCUCUCCCCCCUCUGAAAAUCUGUUACCAGCUUUGAACAUGAGAAUUGCACCGAUUUAGGGUUGAUGGUGUAUGGUUUCUGGAGAUGUGGUUUAAGAUGCUGGGGAGAAAAGAACGAUUUUUACCCAGCAAUCAAGGGUUAGGUGUAGACAGGACCCAUUUCUUUGUUAACAUUUUGCUUUAAUUAUUGCCUUCUCUGCUAUCUGCAGACAGUUGGAAUUGGGUAAAGUUCUGUAUCCAGGGAGGCCACUUUUUUUCUCAAUCAUAGAUUAGGGUUCUUUUCCUGAACUGUAAAUAAUUCAGCUGAGUUCCUCCCUUUUUCCUCUCACAUUUAUCUACAGUGUACAACCAUAGUUGAGAUGAGACCCCGGACCGACGAGCUUCUACUGUAGCACCAUCACAGUAUCGCUAUAAUCCAAUCCGAAGGUGUUGGGUUCGAGUCUCGUGAACUCCCUGCCGACAGGUAAGAUGAGCUCAAAUGUUCGCAUUGACUG